GCCCUCGGCAGUGCCUGGACUCAAAAUGCACUGCUUGCAGGGAGGCAUCUGGCUGGCCGUGGUCGCGUCCCUCCUUCAAGUGUCCCUGCAAGGCGAGUUCCAGAGGAAACUCUACAGGGAGCUGGUCAAGAAUUACAACCCUUUGGAGAGGCCGGUGGCCAAUGACUCACAGCCGCUCACUGUCUACUUCUCCCUGAGCCUCCUGCAGAUUAUGGACGUGGAUGAGAAGAAUCAAGUUUUAACCACAAAUAUUUGGCUACAAAUGUCUUGGACAGAUCACUAUUUGCAAUGGAAUAUGUCAGAGUACCCUGGUGUGAAAACGGUCCGUUUCCCAGACGGCCAGAUUUGGAAACCAGAUAUCCUUCUCUAUAAUAGCGCUGAUGAACGGUUUGAUGCCACAUUCCAUACCAACGUUUUAGUGAACUCCUCCGGGCACUGCCAGUACCUCCCUCCAGGCAUAUUCAAGAGUUCUUGCUACAUCGACGUGCGCUGGUUCCCCUUCGACAUGCAGCAGUGCAAACUCAAGUUUGGAUCCUGGUCUUAUGGAGGGUGGUCACUGGAUUUGCAGAUGCAGGAGGCAGACAUCAGCGGCUACAUCCCAAAUGGAGAGUGGGACCUUGUGGGCAUCCCAGGCAAGAGGAGCGAGAAGUUCUAUGAUUGCUGCAAAGAGCCCUACCCUGAUGUCACCUUCACGGUCACCAUGCGGCGCAGGACCCUCUACUAUGGGCUCAACCUGCUCAUCCCCUGCGUGCUCAUCUCAGCUCUGGCUUUGUUGGUGUUCCUGCUUCCUGCAGACUCUGGCGAGAAAAUCUCUCUGGGAAUAACGGUGUUACUCUCUCUCACUGUCUUCAUGCUGCUUGUGGCUGAGAUCAUGCCAGCAACAUCUGACUCAGUGCCAUUGAUCGCCCAGUAUUUUGCCAGCACCAUGAUCAUCGUCGGCCUUUCUGUGGUUGUGACAGUGAUAGUGCUACAAUACCACCACCACGACCCUGACGGGGGCAAGAUGCCAAAGUGGACCAGAGUGAUCCUGCUGAACUGGUGCGCCUGGUUCUUGCGAAUGAAAAGGCCUGGAGAGGACAAGGUGCGCCCUGUCUGCCAGCACAAACCGCGCCGCUGCAGCGUGACCAGUGUGGAGAUGAAUGCCAUGACUGGGCCACCCACCAGCAAUGGGAACCUGCUUUACAUCGGCUUCCGUGGCCUGGAGGCCAUGCACUGUGCGCCGACACCCGACUCUGGGGUGGUGUGUGGCCGCAUGGCCUGCUCACCCAUGCACAGCGAGCAUCUCCUGCAUGGUGAACAGCCUCCCGAGAGCGACCCGGACUUGGCCAAGAUUCUGGAGGAAGUUCGCUACAUUGCCAACCGUUUUCGCUGCCAGGAUGAGAGCGAGGCCAUCUGCAGCGAAUGGAAGUUUGCUGCCUGUGUGGUUGACCGCCUUUGCCUCAUGGCUUUCUCGGUCUUCACCGUCAUCUGCACAAUCGGUAUCCUAAUGUCUGCUCCUAACUUUGUCGAGGCUGUGUCCAAAGAUUUUGCUUAGCUGCUUCUGUACACAUGG